UUACAAAAGAGUAAUGUUGCUUUCAAGUAUCUGUUUAUGUUCGUAAUAAAAAAUAAAACUAAAACUGCUAAAAUAUAUGAGUGAGAGAGCCUAGAUGCUAACAUUUAUUACAUGACAAAUGUUAACGUUUUAGUCACUCAGAUAUGAUGAGCACGCGCAGUUAACUUCUUCAUUGUUUGAUUAGAGUGUCACCUCCAAAGAUUCCGACACUUCGAAAAUACAGGAAAGCAACAGUGUCGUUCUAGCUAACACAAGGUUCUGUUAUCCAGCAAAGCCUGACAGCUCACGACACGUAUUUUACCUAAAUAACCUAAACGAAUCGACAGUACUCCCCCCUCAAAGAAAUGAUUGCAGAGCUGUCAAAGCCCUCUGUGUAUAUGAAAGACCCUCAGAGGGUACAGAAGACUAUGGAGUCUAUGCUGAAGGCUGGGUCCAAUACCCUGCAGGUCAUCUCAGAUUUUGAUAUGACCCUAACAAGAUUUUCAUUCAACGGAAAACGGUGCCCAACCUGUCACAAUAUUCUUGACAACAGCAAAGUCAUCUCAGACGACUGCAAACAAAAGCUGGAUGAGCUUCUUAAGACUUACUACCCAAUAGAGAUUGACACUUCACUGUCUGUAGAGCAAAAGCUACCUUUAAUGGUGGACUGGUGGACCAAAGCUCAUGAGCUCCUGGUGGAGCAGAAGAUCAGGAAAGACCUGCUGGCCACAGCAGUGCACGAGUCUGAAGCCAAACUGAGGGAUGGCUACCAGCUCUUCUUUGACCACCUGCACCAGCACAGCAUCCCUCUGCUCAUCUUCUCUGCUGGAAUAGGAGACAUCCUGGAGGAGGUGAUCAGGCAGAAUGGCGUCUUCCAUCCCAAUGUCAACGUCUUCUCCAACUACAUGGACUUUGAUGAAUCUGGGGUGUUGAAGGCUUUCAAGGGAGAGUUGAUUCAUAUCUACAAUAAAAGGGAAGGUGCGCUGCUCAACACAGGCCAUUUCCAGGAGCUACGGACACGGCCCAAUGUCCUGUUGAUGGGAGACUCUCUUGGGGAUCUGGCCAUGGCUGAUGGAGUUCAGAAUAUGGAAAACAUCCUCAAGAUUGGGUUCCUUAAUGAUAAGAUUGAAGAAAGGAAGCAGUCGUACUUGGACUCAUAUGACAUUGUGUUAGUAGAGGAUGAAACCUUGGAUGUUCCUAAUGCUGUUCUCCUCUAUCUCACUGGCAACAAGUGAGCUGCUGAUUCUCCACUGGUCACGCCACACUCCAGGACCUUCAGCCAAUGAGACUCCUUUUCAGACCGUGCCAGUGGGAUUCUGUAUUAAUGACCAGCUAGGAAUGUAACAUGAUUAUUUUCUAUUUUACUAAAACCUACACACAUCUGGGUCUUUCGGCACAUUUUGUGAUUUUCUAAGUCCAGUUCAAAGCCACAGCUAACUCCCAACAUCAUCACCCCUAUAAUAUGUGUCCAUUAGCCAAAGUGGCUUCGGACCACACUGAAUUUUGUGGAAAUAUGUAUUAACCAACACCAAGUUAAAAUUUAUAUGUGAUCAUUGCUGUUCCUUUUAAUGUCUGAUUGGUUUCUGUAAGAUGCCGAGAUGGCAAAGAAAAACGCACAAUGCUUUUAUUUUAAAAGCACUUUCGAGUCUCUUUCUGUACAAUGAAGCUCCUCUCUAGUGUCAUCUGAUACCUAAAACACAUUUCAGCUAUUGUUUCUCUUGUGUUACACCACUGUAUUAAUAUUCUCAACUAUGACAGCUGUUCGUAUUUCUAGGGAAACAGAAAAAUUUUAAGAGGCUAUAAUAUUUGUAAGGACUGCUACCUCAGAUGUGUGAAGGUUUUACAAAAAAAUAUAGAAUUAUUUUUGUCAUUAAAAUAAGUUAUAUGGUCACCAAGUGUCACUUUCUACACUGCAGCAAAGGUUUUAAUAAACCUCUUUUUGUUUUUUUCCAUCCUAUUUUUGACAGGAUUUUCUUUUUGUUCAAAUUCAGGUUCACCUCAUAUGUCCCAGUUUCUUUGAUUAUAAAAUGUGGGUUUCAUAUGUGUGUUAUUAAACUCUGCCUGACCAUUUUAAAAA